AAAAAAUAUUUGAGAGUCCUUGUUAAUUUUCAAACAAAAAGGGAGAAAAGUCUGAAAAAAUGCAUAUGUGGCAUAUGUGGGAACAUACACGCAAUAAUCAGGACAUGCCAGAAAACAUCCGUGGUAGUUCCAUGGAUGAGGAUAUGUCUGCUUCGGACGACGAUGACGCCGUCCUCAAGUUCAAUGUAAAAUAUGGCAAUUUAAGGAAGAAGAUUUACGUUCUUCGGGAAAAAACUGUAGCCGCAUUGCAACAAGCCAUUUUCGGACAUUUCAAUGUGCAUCCAAAAUACCAGAUACUUUGUGGAUGCGGCCUGGUUGACGCAGACUCCGAUGAGGUUUCCAAAAAACCCCUUAACAGCCUCAGCCUCUCAUCAAAUAAUUGUAUAGAUGUUGCUGACAAGUACAACAAAAUAACCAUUGAGAUCCAGGACGAGACCAAUAAUAAGACUAUCACCUUGAGGAUGUCAAAUUCAACCACUGUACAAGAAUUGAAGCAUAACUUCUAUUGCAUUACCAAUAUACCGGUCCGGUUCCAGGAGUGGUCAGAAUUCCCCAAGGUCGUCCACUCAGAUACCCCGCUCUGGAAAGCUGGAUUUGGAUCGGUUGAGAAAGUCCUUCUGAAGGUAAGCCGCUCCGAGGAUCAGUCUCAGUUCAACACAACCAGUUCGGCCGAUGAGGCUGCUACCGAUUCGGAGACUGAUUCGGAUUUGGACAAUGACGGGUCGGAAUCGGAUACAAUAAGCUUGCUUGGUUGGAAAUCGACAAAUGUGUCAAACUCAUCUUCGGAGAAUUCUUUGAUUGGGAAUGAUCCUACCUUAGUGGACCUUCAUGAAGGCACUACAUUGUUUGUUCAGAACUACAAGUUGCGUUUUGGAGAGCCUAUGAUUGAUUUCUAUAUCGGCGACUUGAGAGACGCCUUCAAGGAGACAUUCGUUCAAACUGAAAAUAAAAAACUGUUAGCCAUUUAUUUGCAUCAUUGUGAUAGCAUUUUGACCAAUAUUUUCUGCCACAACGUUCUGAAGAAUGAAAUGAUUCAGUGGAUUUUCAAGAAGCUAUUUAUUGUUUACGGCUGGGACUUGACCAAGGAAACGAAGGGGGAAAGUCAUUUUUUUAACGAGUUGAAGGAUGUGAUUAGUCCAAAUGCAUGUACAACUGCUGAAAACAUGUGUCUGGACAAGCUGCCGGCUUUCCUGAUGGUCCGUAAGGAAGUUGCGACGAAACGAACUUUCAUUUCCGUGGUUCAUGGCGAUCUCGGAGUCGAAGAAUUGCAGACACGUUUGCUAGAGCAAUAUGAACUACUGACCGGUCUGGACUAAGAUUCAAAUUUAUAAAAAUUUUCAAAUUAAUAAAUAUCUUCAUAUCAAA